CCGAACUCAGACUAGCUCCCUUUGCCGGCGUCUUCUUCUACUACAGAGUUCAACACAGCUAAACUAAAUCAACCGAGCCCCCUUUCCCUCUGACUGACUCCCGGAAAAAGUCAAAACGGUUGGAAACAAACGAUUUCUCCCGCCUGAGCGAAUCAGCAGCGACGCGGCGGGGAAUCAUCUCGUCGCCUAGCUAGCAGCCUCCCCGCCCGGUUAGCAGCUCCUCUGCUCCUGUUCGUCUCUGUCCGCUCGGCUCGCAGUGGUUCAGUCCGCACGGAGAGACGAGGGCUGCUCCCUUUCGUCCCUGCUCAGUCCGCCCAGCACACCAACAACACCGCACACCCCGCACACCCCGCACCAUGGCUGCCACGGACGUUGACGUGUUUUCUAGUGAAGAGAAGCGUAACCUGAGUUUGGGCGGACAUGUUGGAUUUGACAGCCUCCCUGACCAGCUGGUCAGUAAAUCGGUCACACAGGGAUUUUGUUUUAACAUUCUCUGUGUAGGGGAGACUGGUAUCGGCAAAUCGACGUUAAUGAACACGCUCUUCAACACCAUGUUCGAGAACGAAGAGGCGAGCCAUUAUCAGAAUGGCGUGUACCUGCGGCCGCGAACAUACGACCUGCAAGAGAGUAACGUCCACCUCAAGCUGACCAUCGUCGACACCGUCGGCUUCGGUGAUCAGAUCAACAAAGAGGACAGUUACAAGCCCAUCGUCGACUACAUCGACACUCAGUUUGAAAACUAUCUCCAGGAAGAGCUGAAGAUCAAACGCUCGCUGUUUAACUACCAUGACACCAGGAUCCACAUCUGCCUUUAUUUCAUUGCCCCGACAGGACACUCCCUCAAGUCCCUGGACCUGGUCACUAUGAAAAAACUGGACAGCAAGGUCAACAUAAUUCCCAUCAUUGCCAAAGCGGACACAAUCUCCAAGAGUGAGCUCCACAAAUUCAAAAUAAAGAUUAUGAGCGAGCUGGUGAGCAACGGCGUCCAGAUAUAUCAGUUCCCGACAGACGACGAAGCUGUCAGUGAGAUAAACGCCUCCAUGAACGCACAUCUGCCGUUUGCUGUGGUGGGGAGCGUGGAAGAGGUCAAAGUGGGGAACAAAACCGUGAGGGCCAGACAGUACCCCUGGGGCGUUGUGCAAGUGGAGAACGAGAGUCACUGCGACUUUGUAAAACUCAGAGAGAUGCUGAUCAGGGUCAACAUGGAGGAUCUGAGGGAGCAGACCCACGCCCGCCACUACGAGCUGUACCGACGCUGUAAGCUGGAGGAGAUGGGCUUCAAAGAUACAGAUCCUGACAGCCAGCCGUUCAGCCUUCAAGAGACGUACGAGGCCAAGAGGAAAGAGUUCCUGGGCGACCUGCAGCGUAAAGAGGAAGAAAUGCGACAAAUGUUCGUCAACAAAGUAAAAGAGACGGAAGCAGAGCUGAAGGAAAAGGAGAGAGAGCUGCACGACAAGUUUGAGCAGCUGAAGCGAAUGCACCAAGAGGAGAAGAGGAAGGUGGAGGAGAAGCGGAGAGAUCUCGAGGAGGAGAUGAACGCCUUCAACAGGAAGAAGGUGGCAGCCGAGACGCUCUCCUUAUCUCAGCCCCUCAAGAAAGACAAGGACAAGAAAAAUUAAUUUAUGGCCGCUGUGCACCCUCCCACACACGACCAUGGACUUGUCCUCACCACCUAGCAGCGACAACACCUGUUCAUUCUGUUUGUGUUUGUGUAGUUUUGACAUUCCAUCUUGACAUUGUGCACACGGACCAAAGACACUGAGGACGAUGAAGCCACAGGGAGAAAUAAAGAGUGAGAGAUGGCGAGAGAAUACCAGCUAACAAAAAAUAAAUGUUCACCUGCCAGCAGCGGCCAUCUCAUUAAUUCAGGAUCUUUCAUUCUAUGGAUUGUUUCUUGUUUUGUUUUUGACACUUUUUAUAUAUAUGCAUUUUGUUUUUCUAUGUUGUGAUUUUAUUUUGUGUUUUUCCAUCAACUCUUCCUAGAAAACGAGAGGUUCAAGCCCUUCAAAUCGUUCGGGUACUGCAGUGUAACACAGCGGUCACAGAGUCAUUCAGCUGUUCAGUAUGAUUUUAAAAACUAAUUAGGAUGUGCUUGAUUCUAACAAAUUAAUAUUGAAUAAUGCAUUGAAGAGAUCUGUUAGAUCGAGCCUUCCCUAAUGUUUUUAAAAUACCUGAGCUGUUUGAAUUGUCCAGGUGUCUCUUUACCUUUUCGUUCACAGUAAAAUAAAAUGAGCCCAAAUAAUAACGUUAAAUAGCAAUAAAACUGAGUACCUGUAUACUGUAUAUACCACUGCAUAUACGUCGGUACUGACAACGUAAACUUAGUCUUAAAUCUUAAUAAAACUUAUGCAAUAUUCUGGUGCUGUUUCGUAUAAACUCAGUAAAUGUAUGUGAAUAUUUUCUAGAGCUUAACCAGCUAAAUAUGCAAAAAUGUACUAGUUUUUGAAUAUGAUAUUAUUGUAAGAAGCACAUAUGACGCUGUACAUUGUCCAUAAGCGAUGUAACUUUAUUGUAAACCAUGAGUGAUCACGUUGAUGUGAGUGUUGUGACCGUGGACACAACAUGAAGCCAGUACAAACACAAACACACACACACACACACACACACACACACACACACACACACACACACACACACACACACACACACACACACACACACACAGGGAGGAUUCAGGAAGUGAUACGAGCCUCAGUGACGGAGAACAGCUGCGUUUACUGUCUGUCGUUGGAAAUAAACAAACCCCCUCCGAC